AUGUCCGCCGUGAAAUGGCUCCGGGUGCGCCUAAACAGGAAACGUGUGUCUUCCACAGCAUCUUCUUGCCUCACACAUAGUUGUGGACAAGCUUGUCAGAUAAAAAAAAAAAAAAAAAAAGACAUGGCUUCAUCGAAUUAUUCCUUGAAGGUCAACAGAGAGCUGUUGGACCCCAGCUUUGAAAGUUACAGGUUAUCUCUGGACGCCAUACCAACGUACAGCGUGGAGCUGGAUGCUGCUGUGGAGGAAGUGAAGCUGAAGGACACUCAUUACACCCUGGAACACAUGCGUGCUUUUGGCAUGUACAACUACCUCCACCUGGACCAAUGGUAUGAAGACAGCGUUUUGUUCGUGGACUGCAAAGGACGGGUUCUCGGUCUCACAGUCACCCUGGACACCGCUCUGGGGAAGCCGAGAGAGUUCUACCGUAUAACAGCUGACUCCAGCCAGACCGAGCAUCGACUCUGUGCGUCCCUCAGCCUCACCUCAGCGACCUGGGCCGCUCUCUCCGACGGCGCCGGCCGACUCCACCUCCUCCGCACCGGCAAGAGGGGAGACAGCUCCCAUACCAAGUGGGAACCACUGUUCAGUGAAGACAUGGGGGAGCCUUUCACCGUCCUCCACAGCACCUCACAUGUCCAGGAGGGAGUCCACACCAUGGAGGUCCUGCUGCUCCGCAUUCAGAAAGACCCGCAGGAAACCAAAGGAAGUGGCUACUCGGUGUCUCUUGAGUGGAUCACAGUCGCCAACACGGCAGGACAUGGUGAGGAGAAGAAGUACGAGGUGAAGAAGAGGAGAGUCCUCAGGGGGAAGUCGGUGCCUCACUAUGCAGCGGUGGAGCCGCAGGGGAAGGGACUGAUGGUGGCCUCUGAGAAACCGUUUGCCUUCACGCAUGUGGACGGUCGUCCUGUGGAGCUGCCCGACCCAGAGCCCAUGGAGGUGGAGAAGACAGAUCCCAUUUACUUCUGGCAGCAGACGGAGGAGGACGUCACGGUGUGCGUGCGCAUGCCCGAGGGUGUCACCAAAGAGGAGGUGCUGUUCAGGCUGACGGCAGACCGCAUCAGGCUCGCGGUUCAGGGUUUCGCCUUGAUACUGGAGGGCCAGCUGCACGCAUCUGUAGACCCAGAGGCCAGUGCCUGGAUCAUCAAGGAUGACAAAAGCCUGGAGGUGACCCUGCAGAAGCGCAGUGAGGGGCCGCUGUGGUCGGAGCUGGUGACGGGGGACAAGAGAGGAGAGUACAUGAUGAGCGACGAGCAAGCUGCCCUCAUCCACGAGAGACUGACGUUCCUCACCUCAGAAGACUUGAAUGGCAACCCUGACGGGGACAAGCCCCCUUGUAACUCUCAGGAGCUGGAGGACUGUGAUGGGUUCCCAGAAGACGGCUCUAGUCUCACACGCUUUGACGGAGAAUCACUCAAGCCCACUCAGGUGGUGAAUCUGGGCAGCCAUCAGUACCUGUUCACCGUGGACGUGAACCCCUCUGAAAUGCCGUGUUUCUGCCUCAGACACGACGUGGACGCUCUGGUGUGGCAGCCCCGUCCAGACCAGCCCAGUGACAUGUGGGAGCACGUCGCCACGUUCAACGCCCUGGGCUACGUCCAGGCGUCCAAGCGGGACAAAAAGUUUGCCACCUGUGCCCCGAACUUCUCCUACGCCUCGCUGGGCGAGUGCCUCCGCAGAGCCUUCAUCUACCGACAGCCGGCGCCGGUAGAGACCGUCCUCUUCAACCGGAAGCAGGGCCGCCAGGUGGGACAGGUCGCCAAGCAACAGGUGGCCAGCCUGGAUUCAGAUAAGCCCAUCCUGGGCUUCAGGGCAACCAACGAGAGACUGUUCAUCCUGACCUCCGGUCACCUCUUUGUUCUAAAGGUCAAUAAUAAUUAGAUUUGGGACUCUUGUUAGUUUUAGAUGUUCAUCCCCCCUCUAAGAGCGCUAUCAUUCCAAACUGGUGAUCUGUCGUCUGCUACAACUAUUUUUUUAAAUCGUCAUGUGUACAUUUACGCUGUCUGUACUAAAGUUUGGUUUCACCUCCUACGAGUCAUCUGUGUUCCAAAAUGUCUGUGAUCAGAAAGUAAAGAAUCAUGUUCUAAAAGAUAAUUUAUAGACAUUAACUAGAGCUGAAUGUUUCCAGGGUAAGAAAAUGAUCAUACCAUUUCCUUGAAUGCUUUACAUCAGGAAUUACCAAAUGAAUCACAUUUGAUGAUACUGAACCUUUCAAAAAUAUAAAUGUCCCUGUAAAGCUCACUGCAUUAUUACAGGGAUCUGUAAUGCCAUGAAUUCCAAUUCAUAAAUCCAUACCUUUCUCUUGGUGAAUGACUGGUUCUCUGAGGGCCGGCUGACGGUUGGUCGUAGUAUUUAGUCAGAUGGUCAGUGGGGAGGAGGGCGCCGAGGAAAUCCCUCUCCUUGGCUCGUUUUUAACGACCGUCACUGGAGAAAUAUUGAAGCGAACAUUCAUUUCCAUAAAUUUCCAUAAAACAUGUUUCACAGAUUGCGCCCGGCUCCCGUUGCAUUAGCUUCAAUCUUGGAUAGAUCUGAUGGACUUGGAGCCUAAAAUCUGAAGGCCUGAUGAUUCAAUCAUGUCUGAUACCUUUUUUUUUUGGUGGACGUGAAAUGGAAAUGCUGCACUUCUCAUACAUGCUUGGAGUUUACACUGCAGAUGACGUCU